GAACUUCCAUAUGAGUAAGGAGACGUUCCUGGAGCUGUGUGCCUGGCUCGCCUCUGCCCUCACAUGAUGGGACAUGCAGAUGAGACUCGUCAUUCCCCUGGAGAAGUAGGUCACCAUCGCAAUCUGGAAGCGCUCUACUCUGGGCAGUUACCAAUUCAUCGGGAACCAGUUCACCAUGGGGAAGUCAACCAUUGGGCCCUUGUCAUGCAGGUGACGAGGGCCAUCAACAUCGUCCUGCUGCACAGGGUCAUUCACGUCAAUGACAUGGAGCCCAUUGUGGCUGGAUUUACUGCCAUGGGCUGCCCCGACUAUGUGGGGGAGGAGGCUAUUGAUGGCACCCACAUCCCCAUCUGGGCCCCUGACCACCGGGAAUCUCAGCAAAUUAACUGCAAGGGAUACUUUUUGAUGGUCCUGCAGGCCCUGAUCAACCAUCUGGUCGACCAGUUUUUGGAUACCUUCAUCGUCUGGUCGGGAAAGGCGCAUGUUCAGAAACCAAGAUAUAUAUAUAUAAAACAGCAGAAGAUGUUCUUGUCAUCUGUAGGAUGCAUGUUAAUGAGGAUAAUUAAGUGGUCCGGAUGUAUCCCAUACAUAGUUUUUAAUGUGGAAAUGCAGAUGUUAAUGGCAGGAGAAAUUGGAUUUGUAAUGUGCCAACCAGUUAAUGCCUUCGUUUAGGCCCAGAGUAAUUGUAUCAGAUCUGUAGAUAAACUCUAGUUCUGCGGACGCUCUCUGUAAUUAGUUAGUGAAAUUCCUUUGUAGAAGAAUGGCUACUUUUAAAUCCAUGACUGGGUGACCAGGCAGUUAAAAUGUUCCCCUAUGGUUAUAUCAGUGAGAGCUGCAUAUCAAUCCUAGGAGUCCUGUUGCACCUUAUAGACUAACUG